CAAAGGGCAAAGGGCAUGAGAGGUCUUGACCUCACCAAACCCAUUGAAGACCAGGGCCCUUUGGAUGUGAUCAUACAUAAACUGACAGAUGUCAUCCUUGAAGCAGACCAGAAUGACAGCCAGUCACUGGAGUUGGUACAGAGGUUCCAGGAGUAUAUUGAUGCUCAUCCAGAAACCAUUAUCCUGGACCCUCUUCCAGCUAUUCGUACGCUUCUGGACCGAUCCAAGUCUUAUGAGCUCAUUCGACAAAUAGAGGCAUACAUGCAAGAUGAGAGGAUCUGUUCACCACCCUUUAUGGAGCUGACAAGUGCCUGUGGAGAAGAUACCUUGCAGCUUAUAGAGAAGAAUGGACUGGCAUUCCCAUUCAUUUGUAAAACCAGAGUGGCCCAUGGAACCAACUCUCAUGAGAUGGCGAUCAUCUUCAACCAGGAGGGUCUGAAAGCUGUCCGCCCCCCUUGCGUCAUUCAGAGUUUCAUCAACCACAAUGCUGUGCUGUAUAAAGUGUUUGUAGUUGGGGAAUCCUACACAGUGGUGAAGAGACCAUCUUUAAAGAACUUCUCUGCUGGAAUCUCAGACAGAGAAUCGAUAUUCUUCAACAGCCACAAUGUCUCAAAGCCAGAAUCAUCAUCUGUCUUAACAGCUCUGGAUAAAAUCGAAGGAGUAUUUGAGCGGCCAGAUGAUGACGUCAUCCGGGAAAUCUCUAAGGCACUGCGGCAAGCUCUGGGAGUUUCCCUCUUUGGAAUCGAUAUCAUCAUUAACAAUCAGACUGGGCAGCAUGCAGUCAUUGAUAUAAAUGCAUUCCCAGGUUAUGAGGGCGUUUCCGAGUUUUUCACAGAUCUCCUGAACCACAUAGCUGCUGUCCUGCAGGGUCAGGCACCUGAGGUGACCCAGCUAAACCGUAGCAAGCUCCUGGCUGAGCAGACCGGCGGGAUCAUGGACGAGCGGAUAUGCUGUGCGAGCACGGGCUGCCUCAGCGUCAUGGGAAAAGACUCCUCGUGGAUUGUGGAGAGCGAGACCAACAGCUCAGUAAAACUGCAACACCAGAGACUAGGCUGCAACUCAGCAGUGUCCCCCAGCUUCCAGCAGCACUGCGUCGCCACGUUGGCCACGAAAGCUUCCUCCCAGUAACUUGCUGAUGCCAUGAACUGAGGAAAAAGCCGCAGGGAUACAAAUUGUGGUCCCAGAACCAGAUCAGGCUGUAAUAGUACAAUUGCAAAAAACAACAAAAAAAAAAAAACAAAAAACAAAAACAAAAAAAAACAAACCAAACCAAAAAAAAAAAAAACCAAAAGAAAACAACAAAACAAAAAAAAAAGCAAAAUAACAAUUAAAAGAAACCCACCUUCCAUUUGAUUUAACCUGAUUUGCUGAUGAAAUGGUCUGAAAAGGAGAGGGUGAGAAAGUGAUUCAGAUCCACUUCAUCAGAUUCCAGUUGUAAAUCUGUAGUGAGUUUACACACACGCAUGGGAUUUAACACUAGACCUUUCAUUGUGGGAGGGUUGCUCUUUUGUUUCUAUUGUUCUUUGUAAUCACUGGUGACCAGCAUUUUAAAAUCGGACCUCAUGGUAUCAAGGAGAUAAUAAUGUUGAAAUGGAAUGUAUGAAUGUAACAGUGCUAGAGAUUUUUGCCUAAAAUACUCCCGUUCCUUUUUCCAGCUAGGCCAUUGCAAAAGAAAGCUCAGACAACUUCAGUAUCGCUAAACCAAAUCUCUUGCAGCACUGUCAGGGUAUUGACAGAGAGCUUGCUGUGAGCCACAGCACUUUGAUGGGACCGAGCAUGCCGGCUGUUAAGGGCUCAGUACCAAGCAGCCACCCCAGUUCCUGCUUCACAGCUUUACCCCAGGCCUCCUUGCUUUAGUCACCAGCAGCUUCUGGCUACACUUGCCAAGAGUGAAAUAUGUCUGAUCCAGGCAGACUAGAGGCUGAAAAAGAGGUGCAGGUAGUUAAAUUGAGUGAUUUAAUUGAUGAAACAACAUUCUUUCCAUCACCUGCUAGAAGAGCAGCUCAUCUCUGAGCAGAGAAUUUAAUCCUCCCUACAUUACACUUAUGAGGAUUCUGGGACAGCUCUGCUAAAAGGCUGCCAACCAGAGCCACGCAUUCUCCUUACAGCAGUGCACCUGGGUGUAACACAAUUGCUGCCUUCCACAGAUCCACGGUGCUGCUAUUUUUCUUUUGCAAAUGAAAUGUAUGCAGAAUGAGUACCUUUGUGUGAGACAGCAGUUCUAUGUAGCAUAUCGUGCUCCAGCUGCCAGGUGAGGCUGUCAGAUGGGCUGUGUGGUAAUUUACAGUGGUGCUUCACACUGUUUGUAAGCGAUAGUGCAGCCACAUUCUGUCUCUUGAGAUGUGCAGUAAACCUACAGUGUUCACCUGCUUUUGCAUCUUCUAGCAUAGCUGCAUUUUCUGCCAUUGAGCAUUCCUGCAGCUUUUGCCAAUUCUGAACACUAAACUGAAAGUAACCAACUCUAUCGGUGCUGAGAACGUAGACACUAUUUUGGUAGACUGAGUGGCCUUCUCUUUCCCAUAUAAGCCCUAAAAUGUAUUUAAGAGGCGUGGUAGUAAGAAAAUGUCCUUGUUCAGCUCAUAGCUUGCAGGUAUGGUAGUCUUUAGCUUUCUGUAGCAGAUAUUUAUGAAGCACCCAUCACUGCAGCAUUUCAUGCCAGUUUGUUAGUAUCCUGUAUUAGAUUGAAAGGAAAUGUAUUACUACUCAAAAGGAGAUGAUCUAGAGCUUAAAGCUUGGGCAGACCAUGGAGAGAGCAGUAAACUGUAUAGAAAGUGUCACCAUCCUAACCUGAUUGUACUGGUCCUGGAGGAGAGGGCAUUAUGGAGAGCAUUGUGUAGCAGUUAUUUUAUGUAAGCUCAUUUUUCUCUGGAAGACACUGGGUUUGUUCCGCAAGUGCCAUUGUAGGAAAAUUUCUGUAGCUGGGUUUGCAUUUCUGAGGACAGUCUACACAAGAGGGGAGGACCUCGUGAGUGUGGUACCUGUACAAUUCCAGGGUGCACAUAAUUACAGCCAACUUCCUAUUCUGUUGCAGACCAGCCCUGAGCUGGGCUCUCUUUGCAAUCCCUGUAUGCUUCGAGGCUGCUGAACCCCACAUUGAGUGCAGCUUGCAGGUCUGGGUCGUAGUGGUGUGAGUGAGUCAGAUGUACAUAGGUGUGGGUUUAUACGAGUAUUCCUGAUAGACCAAACCUUUCAUAAAGCCGUGACUGAAAUAAAAUUGACAUCUACAGUUUGGGGUUUGUUUUUGUUUGUUGAAAAUAAAAAGUGUUUUUAUGUUACGCGUGUAACAAAAGAUACCCUCAGGAAGAAAUUUGCCAGUGCUUAUUUUUGUAUGGUACUUUCUUGUAACCAGCUGGUGGAGUGUUUGUAGACUUGCCUUUUGCUCCCUUUAUUAUGGCUUGGGGUUGUUUUGUUUUGAUUUGUUUUGUUUUUAAUUUGGUGGUGGGGAAAAAGCGAUGAUGUUAAAGCUGGGUUAGUAACUCGAGACCUUUCAAAGUAUGUUUACAUGAAUCUGAGUGUCGGAUCCAAUUGAAAUGUCUGUAUGCUGUUUCCUAGUUAGAACAUCAAAUGAGAAUUUUAUUUUCCUGGCUGCCUUCUGAAUUUUGGUUGGCCUAUUUUGCACUGCUUUAUUUCUCCAAAAUAAACUACUGAAAUAUAAUUGUGCAUUUUAAACUUGUUUACAAAUGAUUGUUAAAAGUUUAUUUUGUAAUUCUCUGAAGGCUUACAAAAAUGCUAUAUUUAAAUAUUACUCCAGACCUUGGCUGUAAGUAGAGAAGAAGUUUAGGUCAUUGGUGUGAUCAGUGACAUUUUUCCCAUAGUCUGUAAUUUAUUUCUUAUUUAUCAAAUGUAUCUGUAUCACUUUAAUUUACCAGGUGCAGAUAUGCAAGUACCUGUUGUGAUGUGGCAUUACAAUAGAGUUUUCUCCUAAAUUACCAUGCGAUUGCUGUAUUGCUAUAUUUCCUUGCCGAAAUUGUUGUUGUGGCUCAUAUGUUAGAGUGCUGCCCAAUCACAUGGGCCAAUCAGGAGACCAGUUUUUAAAAGCCAAAACUGUAAAUUACCAAGUGUCCAGACAUGUAAUUACAUUACUGCAAAACGUUCGAGCACACAUAUGUUGUUAAGCCUGUGCUAAAGUGCUUUUCUGAAUUACUGCCUCAUUUGAUAAGUUUAGGAUGGCUUUGAUUUAUGAUAAGUUUCACAGUAGUUUAGUUCUUGUUCUGUAGUCUUUUCCUUUUUUUGUGUGUGUGUGUGUUUUUUUGUUUUGUUUUGUUUUUUGUUUUCUUUUAAAGUAAGGAGAUGUACUAAUAUUAGACAAUACCAUAUAAUAGCCUCGCUCUUAAAAUUGCAGACAAUCUGAGGGAGAUUUUCCAUAACAUCUUGUUUGAAUUCUGUUAUUGUGGGUUAGAAAAGGUUCUGCUGUGUUUUCAGAGGCAUAGCUAUUGCUGCUGUGUUGAUUGGAGCAAUUAAGUUAAAAUGAUGUGGUCACCAGUUAGCUUCUUAUGGAUCUGCUUCUUUUCUGCUUGACUGUUAUCAGUCCACAAGAACACCAUUAUCUUGGCUGGAAUGUUCUCCAGGUUUUGUGUCAGUGUGAUGGAGGAGGUUUGACUGUGAUUUUCACUAUAAUUAUGUAGCUGACUUCAGAAGGUGAAGAUUAUCCCCUGUUGAGGAGAACUUGAAUGGUAUUAUUAGUGCACAUAAUGCAAAACCAUCACCACCAUCCUCUCCCUCUAGCUGACACUGCCAUGUUACAUCGGGUUUGCAGUGACUGCAUCAGGACAAUUGGGUCAUACAGAAAACCCAGUGCAGAAAUGCAGCCUGACCACGUGUGCCAGGGGUGACACCCUUAGCCUGCAGCUGUUCUGCCUUUGGUAACCGUGUGUCUGGCUCUUCCAGACCUAUUCAGACCAUUGGAAUGAGAAAUUUGCUUGGAGAUCCCCAUUUGGAACAUGUCAGUGUUUGUACAGAGGAGUCUGCAACAGCUUGCUCAGGUAAGAACCAUCGGCUUCAUCUGCUGUUCUCAUAGAUGGGCACGAACAAAGAGCUUCACCCUGGAGCCCCAGGAGAGAAGGGAAGUAAGGUGGAUGGCUCAAGCUGAGGGGUGAUGUUUGUUCCUCAGCCAACCGUGGGCUGUGCCCAGUCUAGUAGUGAUUGCAUGGGAAGUGCAUGGAUCGGAAUGGCAAGGCACAGGCAAGAGCAACUGAAUGCAGACGGCCAAAGGUGUUUGAGUUAACUGGCCAAAAAAAAAAAAACAAACAAACCAAAAAAAACCAGCAAAACAAAGGGAAAUGGAAACUUCUGUUUCCAUCCAACAAAAAGAAAUUCCGGACUUAGCAGCAAUUCAGCUAACAUGGCUUCCCCAAAGUCUUGGUGUGGCAGCAGUGACCAUGGGUCAGACUUUCACACUCGCGUGCAGCCUUACCUUGCAGAGUGGUGCAGAAAAUCCUAGGUUUGGGUUUGUUAGUGAAUAGAGUCUAAUUUGAGUUUGUAGUGGUCUCCCCAUGUGCAUACUGCAGGAGUUCACUUGCAUUACUUCGCUAAUUUUCAUUUCCUCCCUCCUUCUGGUCAGAGAUGUAUUGAUUUUUGUAUUCAGUAUACGAUUACUUUAUGGUGUUGCAGCUGUAUGUUUCGUAAUAGCAGGAUGUGAAAAUGCUUUGUGUAGAUUAAAAUAUUUCCUUUAAUAUAAUCUCCUCUCGCUUUCAUGUGUGACACACGCAUUGUGAUUUUAUUUGUAAUAUUGCUUUAAUACUUAUUUCAGAGGAAUGUAACCUCCAGAAAAGUACUUCCCACAUCUUCACUACCUUUCCUUUCCCUAUUCACCCGAUGUGGACCCAAGCCAUCAAAAGUUGAGCUUCUGAUGGAGUGGGUUUCACAUCCUUUGUGGAUGCUGUUAUGUUUACAUGGCCGCACUAAUUGCUAACGUCUGUUGAAGUUUGAGAGGGUCCAGGUGCAGAUGAAAGUGUUAGAAUGGUAAUUCCCUUGGCAACACAGGCAUGAUAGCAUCUGUAGCAAGCACAGGCUCCAAAGUGGUCUUGCUGUGUAUACAGGGAACUCUUGGGGUCUGGUCCAUUCCUGCUGGUAGUACAGUUUCCCUGUGGAAGAAAAAAAUCACUGUAAAAAAAAAUGUACUCUGUGAUGAAGAAGAGGGAUGAGAAGAGGUAGGUGAGGAUUGGGGAUAAAGUCCUGGCCAGGGGACACUGUGAUACCAAUGGGCCAGGAGUUGGCUCCAUUAUUUUUAUAGAAAUCUUGGGAGAUGUUUUCUCUCCGCCUUUCUCACCCUGAAUCCACUGGGGCUGAUGCCAGCAGUUGUCUGUGGGCCAUGAGCUCAGUAGGCAGUGGCCUUGUCCAGCAUGCCUGGAGUUUGCAGGGGGCUCCUGAGCGUUACGAAGUUCUGAUUGAUGGCCUGGAAAUCUCUUAAAACUCUAGAAAUAGCUGGGACAGUGAAUGGAGUUGGUGAAAUUCAGGUCUUCCUCUUCCAUCCUUUUUAAAGAAACCCACUUUUUAUUUCCUCCUUCGUUCUUUACACAGUAGUUUUUAGAUAUAAAUUAUUUUAACAUUUUUGUGUGAAAAGUCAUAUAUACAUAUAUAAAGUUAUUAAAAGGUUGACUAUAUGUUGAGUAUAAAAUAGUGAUGACUUUGUUUCAGAUGUUAGCAGCCCCUAAAAAUGAGUUGUUUAUCCUCUUGUAAAGUCAGUGCUGUAAAAAAUAAAUAAAUAAAAGCUGUAUUAGAUGUAUCUUUUAUUAUUUAUUUCUCAUGCAGUAUGUGAUACGGCUUGUGUAUACCUUUGUGAGAACCAUAUACUAAGAUGCAGUCAUUCUUAAAAUCAAGUAAUAGUUCCUUGGAAUCCCAGCAGUUCUGAGACAAGUGGCCCUUCACAUGUGGAUUCAUGUUGGAAUUCUCCUUCGCAUGCCAGCUGUGCCGACUUAAGCAUGGCUGAGGCCUAGGGACCAUUCAUCUGUGCCAGGUUUCACAAGUUUGUCAAUAUCUGUGUUCAAAUCCGACUGUACAGUGUUAACACGUGCGUCUUGUGAUUUGCUUCAGCCCUCUCUUCACUAUGAUUUCUGAAACGGGAUUCCCAUUUGGUACUUAAAUUUACCUAGAAUGAUUUAAAAAAAAAAACAUAAAAUCAUGGUUUAC